AUGUUUGGAAGAGAAAGCAUUGAAUUUAUAGCCAAUGAGUUGAGAGCAGACUUGGAGAGAAAUACGAGAAAAAGAACAGCCUUGUCAGUUGAAGAGCAAGUCAUGAUUGCCCUUCGUUUUUAUGGGAGUGGAAGCCAGCUGCAAGUGGUCGGAGAUACUAUGGGCUAUGACAAGUCUACUGUGUCACGAGUAGUUAGAGAUGUUACCGACGCCUUGGUAGAUAGGAAAGACCAGUACAUAAAAUGGCCUACAGAAAGACAGAAAAAUAUAAACAAACGUGCUUUUUAUGAAAAAGCUGGGUUUCCUAAUGUUAUAGGAUGUAUAGAUGGGACACACGUACAUAUACAAGCACCUACCGAAGAUGAACCUGCUUAUCUGAACAGGAAAGGGUUUCACAGUAUCAAUGUCCAGAAAAAAUAA